AUGUCCCUCCGCCCAACCCUCCUCACAAAAUGGAUCUCGCGCCCUACCGAGAUCCUCAAAACACCAAGCCUAGCUUCAUACCUCCGCCCCUCAGUCCGGCCCCUCGCGGCGCGCAGCACAAUCCUCGCACCGGGAACACAAGCUUCACAGCGAUGCCUGUCGACAAUGCGCUUCUCGACGCGCACCCGGCCGGGCCCGAGCGCGUUCCAGUUCAAGCAGCGCAGAUUCAAUUCCGGGUCGGCUGGCGGUAAGGGAUCUGGAACUGGAGCUGGGGCUUCGGAGAAGGCUUCGCUGUCGCAGCGGUUGAAGAAGCUUACGCGGGAGUAUGGAUGGGCUGCGUUGGGUGUGUAUCUUGGACUUUCCGCGCUGGAUUUCCCGUUCUGCUUUGCGGCUGUGCGGUUGCUUGGUGUUGAGCGCAUUGGACACUAUGAGCAUGUUGUUGUUGGGUUUGUUAAGGAUAAGCUCAAGGGCGUGUGGCCGCAGACUGGUGGGUCUGAGGCGGAGGAUGGGCAGGGACAACUUGCUCAAGCCGAGGAGCGGAACCAGGAAGAAGCUAGUAUCUGGACACAGUUGGUUUUCGCUUAUGCCAUCCACAAGAGCUUUGUGUUCAUUCGAGUGCCAUUGACAGCUGCUGUCACGCCGAAGGUUGUGAAGACGCUGCGUGGAUGGGGAUGGGAUAUUGGAAAGAGGAAGCCUAAGAGUACGUGA